AUGCUAUUAGCAUUUUUCGGCAGUGAGCGUUCGAGUGGUACUGGUGGUCAUGUCCAGAGGCCAACUGUCAAAUGCACUAAUUCAAAUGCACAUUCCCUUUAUAAACAUUACAAUUUUGAGUCUGCUACAACUGAUGGCAAAUCGGUGAUCCACCAAAAGACUGCAACAUUCUUUGAAAAUGCUUUACAUUCGGGCUCAGCAACUUGUGUAAUCUGCAUUGGUAGCGUGCGCCGAGCAGAUGCAAUAUGGACCUGCAAGCAUUGCUACUGUUUUUUUCAUUUAAACUGCAUUCGUCGAUGGGCCAAUGAUAGUGUUGCCCAGAUGAAAGCAAAGUCCACUACUGAUCAAGGAUACUAUAACAAUCUUGGAGAGUAUGUGGCACCGAAAAGGAAGCGCCCAUUGCAUUGGAGCUGUCCCCAGUGUCGUAAAGAUUACACUCCCGAAGAAAAGCCAUCGACAUACGAAUGUUUUUGUGGCAAAGAAGCAAAUCCGAAACCCGAUUCAUUCCUUUUGCCGCAUUCAUGCGGAGAAAUAUGCGGCAAAAAACUCCAACCGGCAUGUGGUCACACUUGUAUGUUGCUUUGUCAUCCAGGUCCAUGCCCACCAUGCUCACAAUAUGCAAAUACGAGUUGUCUUUGUGGGAAAUCACCAAGAAAACCGGUUCGUUGUAUAGACAAGGAGUGGAAAUGCGAAAGAAAGUGUAAGGAAUUGCUCUCUUGUGGCGAACACCAAUGCCAGGAGUUAUGCCACAAACCUAACCACUGCCCACCGUGUACUAGUACUAGCUUGCAGUCAUGCGAAUGUGGAAACGAGGUGAAAAAACGUAGUUGUUCCGAUUUAAAAUGGCACUGUAAUAAGGUGUGCGGAUCUAACUAUUCAUGUGGGGCUCACACAUGCAAACGCGUAUGCCAUUCGGGACCUUGUGGCGAUUGUCCUCUGAGUCUACCACGAUCUUGUCCAUGUGGAAAAACUAAAAAGGUUGUGCCCUGCACCGAAACCAUAGAUCCCUGUGGCGAUACAUGCCAAAAGCUUUUGUCGUGCGGAUUGCAUGCAUGCACGCAACGUUGUCAUCGGGGAGAAUGUAAUUUGUGCUUAAUCAUAACAAAGAAGACGUGUCGAUGUGGUAUACAUGAAAAAGAACUACCUUGUUGGAAAAAUUUUACAUGUGAAACUAAAUGCAAGCAGAUGCGAGAUUGUGGUAAACACGCCUGCAAUAAAAAGUGUUGCGAUGGACGAACAUGCCAGCAAUGUGAUAAAAUCUGUGGUAGACCACUCACUUGUCAGAAACACAAAUGCCAGUCGGUUUGUCAUGAAGGACCCUGUUAUCCCUGUACGCAGCAGUCGCAAGUGAAUUGUAGAUGUGGAAAAACAUCGAAGCGUGUGCCAUGUGGACGUGAACGUACAGCACGUGUUAUGUGCAUGGAAUUAUGCCGAAUCCCUUCCAAAUGUCACCAUCCUAAUAAACAUCGCUGCCACAAAAGUGAAUGUCCACCUUGUAAUCAAAAAUGUGGACAACCAAAUACUACAACGGGAUGUCAGCAUACUUGCGAAGCCAAAUGUCACGCUGCGGUAAAAGUUGUUAAGCAAAAUCCAAUGAAUGGAACUACGAAUGUUUGGGAUUUAAAUAAAAAGUUUGAAUUUAAAACGUUACCUCACCCAUCGUGUGAAAAACCAGUGAGUGUUACUUGCAUCGGAGGUCAUGAAGUAGCUGACUGGCCUUGUUGGAACUCUAAACCGACAUCUUGUCAACGGAUGUGCAAUCGUGAAUUGCGCUGUGGUAACCACAAAUGUGAACUGGUAUGCCAUUCGGUACCGGACUUGCAAAAUAUGAAGGAACAAUUGGGAUGCGCCCGAUGCCAAGAAGGCUGUAAUGUACCACGUCCCAAGGGCUGCGUUCAUGCCUGUACGCGGCCAUGUCAUCCGCCACCAUGUUAUCCGUGUGACAAAAUUAUCAAAAACAAAUGCUACUGCGGAUUAACACAAGUACUGCACAAAUGUUCCGAGUUUUAUUCAGAGGAUGAUACUGAAGAAGAAAUAAUUGCACGACAAGAACGUUUAAAAAGCUGUGGCAAUCGCUGCCUUAAAAAUCUUCCAUGUGGGCAUCGCUGCCACACUGUCUGCCAUCCAGGAAAAUGUCCGAAUCCAGAACUAUGCCGCAAAAAAGUACGCAUAUUUUGCGAAUGCAAGCGGCUAAAAGCCGAAAUAGCUUGCGAUAAACACCGCGCCGGUCAAACAUCGAUUCCAUGCGACGAAUUGUGCAUUGAAACACGCGCCAAAUUAACAGAUCAAAAGAAGCGCGAAGCUGAAAAAUUACGCCAAUUGGAAGAAGCUAAAAAUCGUGCAGAAGUUGAACAAUUUGAAAAGAAAUUUACCAAGCGCAAAUAUAAGGAACGUAAAGUCGUCGUGGAAGAGACGAAAAGAGAGAUUAAUUGGAAAUUAGUAAGCAUUUAUGGUGGUAUUAUAGUAGCGGUUGCUUUAGCCAUAGCUGUGGCAUUUUAUGCGGAGAGUUAAGAGAUGCAAGAAAUUAAAUUAAAAUGUGUUCAUGAAGAAAACAUAAGUAAUUCGGAAAAACAGGAUAUUCAACUAUUAGAUUAAACUAAUUAAGUUAGUGAUAACCAUUGAUGAUUAAAAUAUACAUACAUCUUUUUUAUGGGGUAUAUUGUACCAUCGGUAGGCACCCAUGUGUGGUACGCAUGUGUACCAUAGCCGUUAACCCACAAUCGAUAACAAAAAGUUUUCAGAUUAAUUUAUUAUAAUUUAUUACAAAACAUAAAUAAUAAAUCUCUGAAGUUUUAAUACAUUUUUU